AUGUUGCCCAGUAAGAAGAGAAGAACUGCAGUGACUGAGUUCCCACAACAUCAGGGCAACCUGGAGGAAGAUGACUUAGAUCUUGAGGCAGCCGUUAAACCAGAAUCUGACCAGAGUAAAGACUUGGGGUCAGCGUCACUGUCUUGGGGUGGAAGUCAUGGUAGUGCAGCUGGUCUCGAAGUUGAAUCUGUGCAGGAUGCAGGAAAUCAGCUUGGUGUGGAAGAUCCGUCUUUGAAUUCCAGGGUACUCACCCAGGACACAGAUGCAACAGUUCCAGAAGUGGUUAACGUGGCCAUCUCAAAGGGAAUCACCCUACCUUCCUUGGAGUCUUCCCAGCCCCUUAACAUACACACUGAUAGAGAAAAACUCCAUGCCACCGGCUCAAAGAGAGGGAAGAAAACCACACUCAGGCCCAAGCCAGUUACCCAAGAAGACCGAGGGGAUCAUCUUGUCACCAAGGAGCCUUUUCCAGGAGAGCCUGGUGAAGAAGUCAAGGAAGAGGGAGAGAAACCUCAGAUGCCUUCUGGAGAAGAGAUGCCUUUCUUGCCAUCAGGCAGCCCCUCUGCAAAACUAGGAGCCCCGCCUGGGAAAUCAUCGCAGCCCGAUGUCUGUGCCUCUCCUCCAGGAAAGCCAUGCAGGACUUCAGAUCACCACGCUGAGGAAGAGAUGGAGGAUGAUGGACUCUUUAUUCCAAUGGAAGAGCAAGACACUGAAGAAAGUGAGAAAAGGCAGAAAAAGAAAAAGGGUACCAAGAGGAAACGAGAUGGAAGAGGUCAGGAAGAAGGGGCUUUGGCUUAUGACCCAAAACUGGACGAUAUGCUUGACCGUACCUUAGAGGAUGGCGCCAAACAGCACAAUCUGACAGCAGUCAAUGUGCGAAACAUCCUUCACGAAGUAAUCACAAAUGAACAUGUGGUAGCGAUGAUGAAAGCAGCCAUCAGUGAGACUGAAGAUAUGCCCAUGUUUGAACCCAAAAUGACACGCUCUAAACUUAAGGAAGUGGUGGAGAAAGGAGUGGUAAUUCCAACAUGGAAUAUUUCACCAAUUAAGAAGGCCAAUGAAAUUAAGCCUCCUCAGUUUGUGGAUAUCAACCUCGAAGAAGAUGAUUCCUCAGAUGAAGAGUACCAGCCAGAUGAUGAAGAAGAAGAUGAGACUGCUGAAGAGAGUUUGUUGGAAAGUGAUGUUGAAAGCACUGCUUCGUCUCCACGUGGGGCAAAGAAAUCCAGACUGAGGCAGUCUUCUGAGAUGAAUGAAACAGAUGAAGAGAACGGCAUAUUAUCAGAGGCUGAGAAAAUUGCCACACCUGCCAUCAGGCACAUCAGUGCUGAGGUAGUACCCAUGGGGCCGCCACCCCCACCAAAGCCCAAACAGACCAGAGAUAGUACUUUCAUGGAGAAGUUGCAUGCUGUGGAUGAGGAACUGGCAUCUAGUCCAGUCUGCAUGGAUUCUUUUCAGCCAAUGGAUGACAGUCUCAUUGCGUUCCGAACCCGCUCUAAGAUGCCUCUGACAGAUGUUCCCCUGGGACAACUAGAGGCAGAGCUUCAAGCUCCAGACAUCACCCCAGACAUGUAUGACCACAAUACAGCAGAUGAUGAGGAAUGGAAGUUGUGGCUUGGGGGACUUAUGAAUGAUGAUGUGGGGAAUGAAGAUGAGGCGGAUGAUGAUGAUGAUCCAGAAUACAAUUUCCUGGAAGACCGUGACGAACCAGACACAGAGGAUUUCCGCACCGACCGGGCAGUGAGAAUCACCAAAAAGGAAGUGAAUGGACUGAUGGAAGAGCUGUUUGAAACUUUCCAAGAUGAGAUGGGAUUCCCCAGCAUGGAGGAUGAUGGCCCAGAGGAAGAGGAACGUGUGGCCGAGCCUCGACCUAACUUUAAUACUCCUCAAGCCCUACGGUUUGAAGAACCACUGGCCAACUUGCUAAAUGAGCAACAUCGUACAAUGAAGGAGCUCCUGGAGCAGCUGAAGUUGAGAAAAUCUUCAGCCAAACAGCAGCAGGAAGUAGAAAGGGUGAAGCCCCAGAGCGAGAACGUUCCUCAGACUCUGAUUCUAGACCCAGCUCAGAGGAAGAGGCUCCAGCAGCAGAUGCAGCAGCAUGUUCAGCUCUUGACGCAAAUUCACCUUCUCUCCACCUCCAACCCCAGUCUCAACUCGGAGGCCAGUACUACCAGGAUAUUUCUUGAAGAGCUGGGAACCUUUGCUCAAAGCUCCAUUGCCCUUCACCAGCAGUUCAACUCCAAGUUUCAGACCUUGUUCCAACCCUGUAAUCUGAUGGGAGCCAUGAAGCUCAUUGAAGAUUUCAAAACACAUGUCAGCAUUGAUUGGAGUCCUCGUAAAACUGUCAAGACGGCCUGUAAAUUUCCCUGUUUACCAAAGCAAGUGGCUUGGAUCCUGGCCACAAGCAAGGUUUUCAUGUACCCAGAGCUACUUCCAGUGUGUUCCCUGAAGGCAAAGAAUCCCCAGGAUAAGAAUUCAUUCACCAAGGCUGAGGACAAUUUGCUAGUUCUAGGACUAAAGCACUUUGAAGGGACCGAGUUUCCUAAGCCUCUAAUUAGCAAGUACCUUCUAACUUGCAAGACUGCCCACCAACUGACAGUGAGAAUCAAGAACCGCAGCAUGAACAGAGCUCCUGACAACAUCUUCAAAUUUUAUAAGAAGACCAAACAGCUGCCCAUCUUCGGGAAGUGCUGUGAAGAGAUCCAGCCACACCAGUGGAAGCCGCCUGUAGAGAGGGAAGAACACCGGCUUCCAUUCUGGUUAAAGGCCAGUCUGCCAUCCAUCCAGGAGGAAAUGCAGCACGUAGCCGAUGGUGCCAGAGAGGCAGGAAAUGUGACAGGCCCCACUGAGGUCAAGCCGGACCCAGAUGUAGGAAAAGCCAGCGUGGAGUUGGGAAGUGAGACUCGGUACCCACUGCUGUUGCCUAAGGGUGUAGUCCUGAAACUGAAGCCAGUUGCCAACUGUUUUUCCAGGAAGGGCUGGAGACAGAAGCGGUCAUCAGCCCUGAAGCCCCUCCUUAUUAGACCCAGCCCCUCUCUCCAGCCUACCUCCAGUUCUGGGAAAAUGCCACCCAGAUCAACUCAGUCAGAAGCCCCUCCGAGCAAAAUGGUGGUCCGGAUUCCUCAAACGAUCCAGCCAGCCACGGUCUUACAGACAGUGCCAGCUGUCCCUCAACUGAGGGUCACUGGGGGUGAUAGUUUUGAGUCCUCAACAGUAUUGCCUACUAUAUCCCCUGAGGCCAGGACCAGCUUCCCUUUGUCUGAGCCCCAGACCCUCUUCUCCCCUGCUCCCGUGCCCAAGAUAAUGCUGCCCUCACUUGCCCCUUCUAAGUUCCGAAAGCCGUAUGCGAAACGGAGAGGCCCCAAGAAAAAGGGGACCAAGGCCUCGCUCUGUCUGAAGUCUGUCCCCCUCAUCAACUCUGCACCUGUCAUCUUCACUGUUCCUGCCACCACUGUGAAGGUUGUGAGCCUUGGCAGUGGCUGCAACAUGAUUCAGCCUGUCAAUGCAGCUGUGGCCCAGAGUUCUCAGACCCUUCCCAUCACCACACUCUUGGUUAACCCUACUUCCUUCCCAUGUCCAUUGAACCAGCCCCUUGUAGCCUCCUCCCUCCCACCCUUAAUUGUUUCUGGCAACUCUAUGAAUCUUCCUGUACAGCCCACCUCUGAAGAGAAGGCCCAAGUGAGUAUGGAUGUUGGUUGUCCUUUGGAUGAAGGGAAAAAUGCCUUGCCAGGCCUGGUUCCCAAAGUAGAACCCCAGGACCCACCUCCUCUCUGUGCCUCUGCCUUCCCCAAAAAGGAGCACAGCCCAGGACCUCUGCCCUCAGAUGGGGUGUGCCAGGGUGACUUGUCUGAGAACAGUGCCUAUGUCUGGACUGUUGUGAAAACAGAGGAGGGGAGGCAAGUUGUGGAGCCACUGCCUCCGGGCUUCCAAGAACCUCUAAGCUCUCCUGAAAAUGUAGAGAAGACUGUCAAGAUGGAACCUAAAGAUCCUGGGGAGGAAGUCCCCCGGGCAUCCCCGAAGCACACCGGUUGUGAUGAAGUCAAAGAAGAAUACUCUGUGGAACUGGACACUGGCUUCCCAAGUGAGGAGACAAGCGGUGCAAGAGAAGCAAAGAAACAGACAGUCUUACAAAAGGAGGAGGAGAGGAAUCAACUAGCUAAAACCCCGUCAGCUGCUCAGGAGCCUCCUGAUGGAGGAAUCUCAGGAAGUGGGAGCAAAGAAUCCUCAAAGAAUGCUUCAUCCUCCAUGGACCCUGAAGUGGUGCUCAGCAACCUCCCCGGGAAACCUGAAGACUUACCCAGCAUCGAUGGUCAGUUAGCAGGGACCCCAGCGAGGCCAGAAACGGGAGGAGAGAAGGACGGGCCAGAGGAAGAGGAAGAAGAGGACUUUGAUGACCUUACCCAAGAUGAGGAAGAUGAGAUGUCCUCAGCUUCUGAGGAAUCUGUGCUCUCUGUCCCAGAACUCCAGGAAACAAUGGAGAAACUGACUUGGCUCGCAUCUGAAAGGCGCAUGAGUCAGGAAGGUGAGUCUGAGGAAGAGAACUCUCAGGAAGAGAACUCUGAGCCUGAAGAAGAGGAGGAGGAAGAAGCAGAAGCAGAAGGAAUGGAAAGCCUGCAGAAAGAGGAUGGAAUGGCAGAUGAAGCCAUAGGAGACACUGCUGAGAAACCUCCUGCUACCUUUGCCUCACCUCAAACUGCUCCAGAAGAGACCAGCAGGACCCCACCAGGAGAGAGCAUCAAAGCUGCAGGGAAGGGCCGGAGCAGCCAUCGAGCUCGGAAUAAGAGGGGCAGUCGGGCCCGAGCCAGCAAGGACACGUCCAAACUGCUGUUGCUGUAUGAUGAGAACAUUCUCGAGCGGGAUCCACUCAGAGAGCAGAAGGAUUUGGCCUUUGCUCAGGCUUAUCUGACCAGGGUACGAGAGGCCCUGCAACAUAUCCCUGGCAGGUAUGAGGGCUUCCUUCAGGUUAUCUACGAAUUUGAGUCAAGUACUCAGAGGCAGACAGCGGUGGAUCUCUACAAAAGCCUGAAAACUCUUCUCCAAGACUGGCCUCAGCUGCUGAAGGACUUUGCUGCUUUCCUGUUGCCCGAGCAAGCCCUGGCCUGCGGAUUAUUUGAGGAGCAGCAGGCUUUUGAGAAGAGUCGCAAGUUUCUCCGGCAGCUUGAAAUUUGCUUUGCGGAGAACCCCUCACAUCACCAGAAGAUUAUCAAGGUCCUCCAAGGUUGUGCAGACUGCCUGCCCCAGGAGAUUACUGAGCUCAAGUCGCAGAUGUGGCAUCUCCUCAAGGGCCACGACCACCUGCAGGAUGAGUUCUCCAUCUUUUUUGACCAUCUGCGCCCAGCAGCUAGCCGGAUGGGUGACUUUGAAGAGAUCAAUUGGACGGAAGAGAAGGAAUAUGAGUUUGAUGGCUUUGAAGAGGUGGCGCUGCCUGAUGUGGAAGAGGAAGAGGAACCUCCCAAGAUACCUACAGCUCCAAAGAACAAAAGAAGAAAGGAGAUUGGGGUACAAAAUCACGAUAAGGAGACUGAGUGGCCAGAUGGUGCCAAGGACUGUGCCUGUGCAUGCCACGAAGGAGGUCCUGAUUCCAAACUGAAGAAGAGCAAAAGGAGAAAUUGCAGCCACUGCAGCAGCAAGGUCUAUGACAGCAAAUCCUACAAGAGCAAGGAGCCCCAUGAGUUGGUGGGUGGCAGCCCCCACCGAGAGGCCAGUCCUAUGCCUGUUGCUAAGGAAGCUGGGCAGGGCAAGGAUGUGAUGGAGGAGGAAGCCCCAGAGGAACGAGAAACCAUUGAGGCAACCCAGGGCAGGACUGGCAGGAGUACCCGAAAGGGAGAGGUGCCUAUUUCAGGAUUGGCAGUGGGGAGCACGUUGCUGUCCCCUCAAGAAGUGAUUCUUACAGAACAGCAGCAGCUCCUGGAUGGUCCACCGCCCAGCUCACCAGAGACUCCUCAGCUUCCCUCCAAAGCUGGAGUUGUUCUAGACAACACGGGGAUCGACCAGGUCAAACCGGAGGCUUCCUGCGGCCCAGAGGCAGCCCCCAGGCUUCAGGAUGAGGGGGAGGGCCACCAGGCAGCAGGGGACUCGGAGUCUCCCACACCGGCCUGCGAUGCUUCAGAAACUCAACGUUCUGGAACUCUUGAGCCCCCUGCUUCUUUCCCGAGUCCUGCUUCCUCAAGGACCAGAGACUUAGGGAGACAGGCGUCUGGGGAACCAGAUACUCAAGAGAGCUGGCUGCCCUCAAGCAGAACUGGUGUGAAGACAUCAGACAAGAAGUCCUCAGUCCAUGAAUCUCCAUCAGGAGCUGACACCUCAGAGACUUCUCUCAAAACCCCUAACGGAGGGUUAGCUAAAGACAGUGGAACACAGGUCAAGGUUCCAGAAGGGGAGCAGCAGCCAAAGGCCGCAGAAGUCACCGUUUGUGCGAACAACAGCAAGGUCAGCUCCACCGGGGAAAAGGUGGUCCUGUGGACAAGGGAAGCUGACCGUGUGAUUCUCACCAUGUGCCAAGAACAAGGAGCACAGCCCCAGACUUUCCGAAUCAUCUCCCAGCAGCUAGGAAAUAAGACUCCUACUGAGGUUUCCCACCGUUUCCGAGAGCUCAUGCAGCUCUUCCACACCGCCUGUGAGGCCAGCUCGGAGGACGAAGAUGAUGCAACCAGCACCAGCAACGCAGACCAGCUCUCUGACCACGGGGAUCUUCUCUCUGAGGAGGAGCUGGAUGAGUGA